AUGAAGCUUCUUCUAAGCUUCUUGUUGGUGGCUUCAACGUCGUUUUACUUUCAAAGCAACGUGGCUUCACCAAUUCCACUUGGCGAGUUACCCAAAGUAUGUGAAGAUAUUGCUUACGCCAUGAAAGACCCCUCUUUACCAAUGUCAAAUCAAUGUGUUUGCAAGCAUGGCUUUGAAGGUCCCGCAAUAUUCAGCCCCGAUUCAUUAGACGCUAAGUGUGUCGAUAUUGACGAAUGUAAGAACAACGUGAUGGUCUGUGGGACUUUAUCUCUGUGUGUUAACACCAUUGGAUCCUAUGAAUGCCGUCCAUGUGGCCAGGGUUAUAUGAACGUGCAGGGUAUUUGUCAAGACAUUAAUGAAUGCUCUAAUUUUACCAUUUGUGGAGCUAACGCUAUUUGCAAGAAUAAUAUUGGAUCGUAUGAAUGCACCAAAUGUGAUGAGGGUUACAUGAAUGUGAACGGRAAAUGUGAAGAUGUAGACGAAUGCACAACUGGCAAAGCUAGAUGCCAUGAAAGUGCCACCUGCAUCAAUAAGAUUGGAUCUUUCUACUGCUUAUGUCCACCUGGGUUUACAGGCAGUGGAGAUGUGGUUAGCGGAUGCAAAGAUAUCGAUGAGUGCAGAAACAAUCCCUGUGAAGAAGGCAGCGCAUGCCUGAAUGAUGCUGGUUCCUUCCAGUGUUAUUGCUUGGAAGGCUACUCAUACGACACGGCAACACAAAGAUGCAAGGCUGCUGAUCUAAGCAUGGGUGACGAUAGUCCCUGA